AUGUUCAAGUUGUUCAUCAGAAACGGAGUGCCGCGGCUGCCUGGAGACGUGACCUUGCCCCACGACACCCGCUUCAUUGAUUGGGUGGCUGUGGUCUAUAGUUAUAUCCCGUUUGUGAUUCCCUUGCUGGUCUUCUGCGAACUCCUCAUUACUCGAGGAACGCGACAGCUUUCCAUCUUGCUUUUCACAGGCAUGACCACCUUGGCCAACGAGCUUUUGGUGAAGCCGUUUUGCGCCUUGCCACGCCCUGGAGCCCUUGGCCCUGCUCCUGGAGUUUUGACCAACUCCUUGGGCGAACAUGCCGGCAGCUGCAACACCUCCUGUGGGAUGCCCUCCUCACAUUCCACCAUGGCCAUAGGCUUUCUUAUGCUGACCAUGUUUGAUGGCAUCAUUCGAGUGAAGCCCGACACCUUUUUGCUCUCACAGGAAGAGGUCGAAAUGCAACAAACGCUCAGGGAGAUGAUCUCGGUCACGCCACUAGCACCCAAGCGAGUGAUGGGCAACACGGAGUUCUUGGGCUUCUUCUUCACCUGGAUGAUUCUGCUGGGCCCGGUCCCAAUGAUGCGAGUAGUUCUUCGAGAUCACACGGCAGUUCAAGUCUGUGUGGGAGGCUUGCUCGGAGCCGCUCGGGAGCUCGGAGAAAGCUCCGAGAAAGCUCUUUUUUGGAACAGCUGUUCGGGGCCUCUUUCGUGUCCCGUCAUGUGCUCCGUUCGUAGCGUCCUUGCUCCGUUCGUAGCAAUGCCAGGAGCCCCGUUCGUCGCUUCCAUUCUACCCGUAUAUGUCAAUAAGAAGCGAAAUGUGUAGCAAGUGUAUCGCCAGUAGUAACAAGUGCAUCGCUAGUAGUAUCAAGGGCGCUGCAAGUAUACUAGCGAUACCUUAAAUUCUGCAUUUGUAUUUGCUUAUCCUUUCCUGUUGUUUUCGUUUCAUCAUCUUGAAGAAAAGGAACGCGGACAUGUUUGUCGGUGCUGUGCUGUACCCAACGGGACAAUCUGCAAAUGGUGGUGAUGAUUGCAAGGUCUAUGCACUGCUGUGGUUUCGCUUCACGAUUUGCAUGAUCAACCGCUACAAGAAUAAGGUGGGUCAAAAGUUCUGUUUUGGCCGGGUUCUUCAGACACGAGACGUCGAAAGAACAGUCCACGGAGGAGUCUCCAAACCAUGCAUAUCCACAUGGGAGUAGUCAAUCACGACCUUUUUCAAAAGAAACGAAGAAAACAAAAACGGAAGAAAAAGAACAAGAAAGGCUGAAGUGGUGAUUUGCCCGAACUUGGAAGGGUAUCGUGGCUUGCCCUCCCCAGGCAUGCUACAGCACAACUACGCUCCAGUGGCCAUGCGCGUUUUCGUGCGCUGCCCCAGAUUGGCCGAUCCGUCUAGCCGC